CUUUGUUCUUGUGUUGGAAAAACCUUAGCUACCCUCUGUAGAGCUUCUCCUGCCAGUGCCUGCUGGGCUCCUGCCUCAGCCCAGUGCCCAGUGUGGGGAGGGGAGGACAUUUGGACCCGCUGGCCAAGGCGGCACUUGGACCAGAGCUCGAUUAGGAGCCUGCCCUUCUGCAUUAGCUCUGGUCCUGUAGUGGGAUGGGGUACACUGAGACAUUUCUAUAAACUAAGCUGCUCUGGGCCUCUAGAACAGUCCAGAAGGGCUAGCUGGGCCGCUCUGUUGGAUAUCUGCCAGCAGCUGCACUGGGGGAAGUGUGUGUCCAUCUCCUGGCAUCCUCUAGCCCGUGCAGCCCCUCUUCACCCUCCCAGGUCCUCCCAACAUUGGGCCCCUGCAGUUUGAGGCCUGGCUGGAGAGGUGCAUGGAGCUGACAUGUGCCAGAGUGACCCUGUAGACAAGGGAGCGUCAACACCGCUUGGCCCCAGCCCCAGGUGUGGGCCUCCUGCUGGUGAUGGCUCCCUGUGGGUCCAAAAUACUGUGGGCUGCCAGCACAGCCAGUGCCAUCAGGGAGCAGGGGGGCUGUUUCCCCCACCCUCCUGCUCCGCAGAUUCCUUUGUGAGGGGCUCCCUGGGCAGGGUAAUAAAGAGUUGACUCUGGGUGGUGCUCUGCAUUGUGUCCUCCUCUCUGCGGCCUCCUCGCCCCUCAGCUCCUCUCCCCUUGGCAAGGGGUCUGGUCGCCGGCCCCAUGGUUGAGUCUUCAGUGCCUGGAGUUUGCAGUGCCACCAGCAUCCCUCAGGUCCCUGAAACUUGGCCCAGGGGAGCUGGAGCCUCCUACGAAAGUGUCCUCCCAUACUGGACUCCUACAGGGAGCCACGUGUGCCCAGCUGGGGCACAGCCCCAGCUGAUGCCCCAGAGGGGGCACCCAUCUCAAGAGGGGCUUUGGGUUCUGCCCUCCCUCCCAAUGGAGCAUGAGCCAGAGCCUGAGGCUGAAGGACUGUUGGACCUCAGCUUCCUGACAGAGGAGGAGCAAGCGGCCAUUGCUGAGGUCCUCAAGCGAGAUGCCCGCCUGCGCCAGCUGGAGGAGGGGCGGGUCAGCAAGCUCCGGGCCUCGCUGGUAGACCCUGGGCAGCUGAAGAUCCUGACAGGGGACUGGUUCCAGGAAGCACGCUCCCAACGGCACCACCAUGCACACUUCGGCUCUGACCUUGUCCGAGCCUCCAUCCGCAGGAAGAAGAGCUCCAGGGACAAACUUCCUGAGAAGGGGGCUCACAGAGCUUCUCACCUGGGCCCAGGAGACCAGGCUGUGGGCAGCGAUGGGGAGGCUGAGGCUGCUGGGAAAGAGAAUGAAGAGGAGCCAGAGCCCAGGCCCCCCAUAGAUGAGGCCCCCCAAGAGAGGCUCAAGGAGACUGAGGGACCUGAUUUCCCAUCGCCAUAUGUUCUCUUAAAGGCUUCAGAUCAGGAGGAGGAGGCCCAGGAAGCCCCCGGCCAAGGGGACGUGCAGGUCUGUGCGGAGGAGGCGGACCCGGAGCUGGAGCCCGCGUCGAGGGUAGAGAAGGAGCUGCUGCCCCCGCCAGCCCAGGCUGCACCCAAGAUCCUGGAGAACUGGAAGGAGGCCCCGGGGUCUGGCCCCGCACUGGACCGCAUGCUCAGCAGCAGCUCCUCCGUGUCCAGCCUGAACUCCUCCACGCUGAGCGGCAGCCAGAUGAGCCUGUCUGGGGAGGCCGAGGCGGUGCCGGUGCGCGGCUCGGUGCACUUCGCGCUGCACUACGAGCCGGGCGCCGCCGAGCUGCGCGUGCACGUGAUCCAGUGCCAGGGCCUGGCCGCCGCGCGGCGCCGCCGCUCCGACCCCUACGUCAAAAGCUACCUCCUCCCGGAUAAGCAGAGCAAGCGCAAGACGGCCGUGAAGAAACGGAAUCUGAACCCGGUCUUCAACGAGACUCUGCGGUACUCUGUCCCGCAGGCCGAGCUCCCGGGCCGCGUGCUUAGCCUGUCGGUGUGGCACCGCGAAAGCCUGGGUCGCAACAUCUUUCUGGGUGAAGUUGAAGUGCCCCUGGACACAUGGAAUUGGGACUCUGAGCCCACCUGGCUCCCCCUACAGCCGCGGGUCCCACCCUCUCCCGACGAGCUUCCCAGCCGCGGGCUGCUCUCCCUGUCCCUCAAGUACGUCCCCGCCGGCUCGGAGGGCGCGGGACUGCCCCCCAGCGGGGAGCUGCACUUCUGGGUGAAGGAAGCUCAGGACCUCAUCCCACUGCGCUCGGGAUCCCUGGAUACUUACGUGCAAUGCUCGGUGCUGCCUGAUGACAGCCGGGCCAGCCGCCAGCGUACCAGGGUGGUUCGUCGCAGCCUCAGCCCCGUGUUCAACCACACCAUGGUUUACGACGGCUUUGGGCCUGCUGACCUGCGCCAGGCCUGUGCUGAGCUCUCCCUCUGGGACCACGGGGCCCUGGCCAGCCGCCAGCUGGGGGGCACACGCCUCAGCCUGGGCACCGGCAGCAGCUACGGGCUCCAGGUGCCCUGGAUGGAUUCCACACCUGAGGAGAAGCAGCUGUGGCAGACACUCCUGGAGCAGCCAUGCGAGUGGGUGGAUGGCCUUCUACCCCUCAGAACCAACCUGGCCCCCAGGACGUAGCCCUACCAACCCCUCUCUCUGGACCUCCCUCUCAGGGUCUGCCCUUAGCUAAAGUCAAUAAAGUCUGCUCCAAG